UCGCUAUCCUCCGCAGACCCGUGACGUAGCUGUGGUCACGUGGCUACCAGGAAGCAGCGUCGUGUUUACCUUGGUGCGCGCACACACCGCGCCAUCGGGCAUCCUCCGUCUGUCGAUGCGAUGAAACCAGAGCCGACCUGAGGACAGGAGUCCGCCCUGAUCGCCACCUUUCUCCUGGGGAUGACCCCGCCGUCCCCUCACUCACCGUCAUGGCGUCUUCCGCUUCCACCUGCGUCCCGGACAGCUCCUCAGUUCUCUCAGAAAAGCAGCGGCUGCUGUCCUCCAAGUCCAGCUAUGGGUCUCAGGAUGCGCUUGGACGCGGGAGCCACCAUCCCACUGGCCUGGUGCACUCUGAGUUCCACCGACAGCUACGGGAUAAAGACGAGGAGGAAGAGGAGGAGGCCCUGAGGAGGAAGCUCAAGUACUUCUUCAUGAGCCCCUGUGACAAGUAUCACGCCAAGGGGCGCAAGCCUUUCAAGCUGGGCCUCCAGCUGCUCAAAAUCAUCAUAGUGACGGUGCAGUUGGUGCUGUUUGGGCUGAGCAACCAGAUGGUCGUGACGUUCAAGGAGGAGAACACGGCGACGUUCAAGCACCUCUUCCUGCAGGGUUACCAGGACAACCUUCCUCAGGCCGUCCACACGCAGUCGGAGCUGAACAGCAGCAUCGGCUUUGUCAUAGAGCAGUACAUGGCUCUCCCUCAGAAGGCCCUGGGUCGGUAUGCGUAUGUGAAGGGCGUCGGUGUAAACGGAAGUGCUCUGUCCCUCUGCCAGAGGUACUAUAAGACGGGCACCAUCGACCCCGUCAACGACACAUUUGAUAUCGACCCCCAUGUUGUCACAGAUUGCAUGGGGCUCGAUCCAACGGCUGACAGUUCUGCUCCGAGAAACGCCGACUACAAGAAUUUCACCCUUCAGUUUUACAAGCUGAUCAAUGUCACAGUUGAUUUCCAGCUGAAGGCCAUCAACAUUCAGACAAUAAUCAACAAUGAAAUCCCCGACUGCUACACCUUUGCUAUCACGAUCGUCUUCGAUAACAAGGCUCACAGCGGCAAAGUCCAGAUCUUCCUGCAGAACCAGGCCUCCAUUAAGGAGUGUAAAGACCCAAACGUGUCCGGACACGCGGAGAGCUACGCAAGAGAGUUCUUCGAUGUGGUGGUGGCCACCGUCUGCCUGCUGUCGCUGGCGCUCUGUGGCCGCUCCAUCCUCAGAGGAAUCCUCCUCCAACACGAAUAUGUGCAGUUCUUCAAACACAAGCUGGACCGCGCCGUGAGCUGGGGGGACAGAAUGGAGUUCAUCAACAGCUGGUAUAUCCUGCUCAUCGUCAGUGACAUGUUCACCAUCGUCGGCAGCUUCAUCAAAAUUGGGAUAGAGUCCAAGACUUUGUCAUCGUAUGACGUGUGCGGCAUCCUACUGGGAACAUCCACCCUGCUGGUGUGGGUGGGAGUCAUCCGCUACUUCAGCUUCUUUCAGAAAUACAAUAUCCUGAUCGUGACUCUAAGAGCUGCUUUUCCCAAUGUCAUCCGCUUCUGCUGCUGUGUGGCCGUUAUUUAUUUGGGAUACUGCUUCUGUGGAUGGAUCGUCUUGGGACCCUACCAUACCAAGUUUCGCUCCCUGUCCACGGUGUCCGAGUGUCUGUUUUCGCUCAUCAAUGGCGACGACAUGUUUGUGACAUUUGCUGAGAUGGAGCAAAGCAGCACACUGGUGUGGAUCUUCAGCCAGGUCUACCUGUACACCUUCAUCUCCCUGUUCAUCUACAUGGUGCUGUCUCUCUUCAUCGCCCUCAUAACCGGAGCCUACGACACCAUCAUGGCCCAGACAACAGAGCAGGCUCCCCAGACGGACCUGCACGCUUUCAUCGCACAGUGCACAGACACGCCCAGUUCUGGCAAAUUCCGCGGGCCCGAGGGGUCGUCAUGCUCCUUCCUCUGCUGCUGCGAAUGAUCCAGAGUGGCUAGAUGACAGCUGCAUGUAGAAGAACAAGCCCUGGAGGAAACCUUUUUAUUCAUCUGUAUGUAUGAAGAGCCUGGUGAUUGGGCCUACAUUUAUGGCUAAAUAGAACAUUUUAUUUCCUGUUUCUUCAUGAUAAGCUAGGAGACUUUAAUUUUAUUUCAGGAAAAGGUAAUUUAUUUUAAAGUCUAUUCAUGCUAAUUAUUUACUGAAGCAACUGCUACACUUAACAAACCACUUCGAAACUGACCUUGUGGAGUCUUCUGUUGUUCUGUUGUCUGUUUUAUUUUGUGAACUUGUUUAAUGAAUUGAAAAUGCCAUCUUUUUAUUUUGUUAUAACACCAUGGGUGCUUGGCAUUUCACCAUUUUAUUCCUUGUAUUUCAUUUCGUACCUUAGUUUUUUUCAUUGGAUGUGAAAUGACCGUGGACCCAUUCCCACUUUGGUAGUCAUUUUUUGUAACUGUUUGAAAACCUUUUAUUUAAAGUAAUUUUUAUAUAAUCUACUUAUAGAAAACUGGGAAGAAAUGUGGUCAGAACAUUCUUAAAAAAAAAAAAACACUGCUUGGGCUUUCUUUACUUAUUAUUUCUAUCAGACAUCAACAUCUGUUAUAUUUCACAGGAGUCAAAUUUCCCUACUGAGGAUAAAAGCUAAUGGGGAACAGGCUAUAAUUCAACAUUUUUAGAAAAGAACGUACAAUAUAAUUCAAUUAUACAUCUAUUACAGUAUUUUUGACAAUUUCUUUUUAGAAUUGAUGAAAAUACUACAACUACAGCUAUGUAAUGGCUUAAGUUCAUGGAUAACAUGGUAAUGGCUUUAGGUUGAUGGAUAACAACUGGUCCAAUGGAGAAAUGAAAUGUAGAUAAAGCUGGAGCCCAUCCUCAGACAUGGUCACACACCCUGAGGAAUCCUUGUCGGUUACGCCAGAUUGUUACGCGUUAGCUAAGCAAGGCUAUACUUCGUUUCAGGCAAAUAGCUGUUUAUUGGUUCUUUAAUUUAAAAAUGUAACAAACAAAACAAGCGGUAAUGGUCUUAUAGUUAGAGCAGGGCUCUUGUGUCCUGGGACGGCCUUAAGUUCUCCGGUUCGAAUCCCACAGACUGCCGUUCUUUGUCCCUAAUCAAGACCUUUAGCCCCAGAAUGCUCUUCCGGGUGCCGCGCAGUGGCAGCCCUCUGCUUCCUGUGGGAUGUGUUAGACAUAGUGUAAGAUUUCUUGGAAUGUACUAAAGUUGCCUUGACGACUAAAAUAAAAAAGAAUAAAGAAAAGGAAAUUAAUGAAAAAGCUAAGCUAAUUUGUUUCUCGCAGCCUGAACCCCUUGACAAACACUAGCUAGCAGUUAGCAUGUGUUAGCUCGGUCAAAUAAAAAUCAUCUGCAGAUGAUUUUUAUUCUUUUCUCUUUUUUGGCAUAUUUUGUGAUAUUUAAAAAAAAAAAAACAGGACUAAACAAGUUACUGUCUUAGCUCAAUUUAUUUUAUAUUCUAUAUUCAUGAGUAGAAAGACCUCAACCAACAUGCACCCUUUUUAAGAAAACAUAUAGCCAUGCUAGUUUUGUAUUUGUCACCUGUUUCUUUGAUUGUUAUUGGUACAACUAUAAUUUGCAAAAACUAUUUGUUAUUGUACAUGUAUUAAACAAAUGCCAUUAAUUUACGGAACUUGCACAAACCUAAGAAAGGGAUUUUAUUCCAGCAUAUUUUUUUUCUGGCUGUGGGCAUUUUUGGGCUUUUCAGGUGUAAUGAUUAAAAAUGUACAGUUACAAAAGGGAAAUCUUUUUUUAAUUGUUAUCUGUGGCUGUCUAACACCUAAAUGAUGUUGUGUUGCUUAAUUUAAUUUAAAUGCGUUGCAUAAAGUCUUAUGCACACCCCCUCGCAUCAGAAAAAUGUGUUCUUUUACUCAAGAACGAGAUCAACAGAAAGUCAAGUACAGAACCGUUGAGAAGACCUCAUACAUCCCUCCUACCACAGCAUUUAUAUAUUAUUUAUAUAAUAUAAAACAAACCAGGGUUACGAGAAACAGCAUGAUGUAGUGUUCUUUCUGCCUCCUUGGGAGAGAGAACACAUUUUUCUGUUCAUGCUGAGUAUGUAUGGCCAAUACAUAACAACGGUGAAGUUUUAGAGUUGAUAUUUAUCAAUCUGAAACAAAUAAAACAAUUUAAUUUAAGCUAGUUUAUCUGAUAGCAUUAGCCUUGGCCAACAUUAGCUAGAAUUUACAAUGUGUUUAGUCCUUGAAGCUUUGGAAUUGUCUGUGGGUUUAUUCUCCUUUUUGCACAUCUUUCUUAGAGAAAGCUGCCUGUCUUAACUCCGUUUUGAUCAAAUCUGUAUUUUUGCCAUAUUGGGAUUUAAUGUAGGUAGCUUUGAUUAUUCUGUCAUUCUUGUUUUGUGUCAGAUUUGUGAUAGCUAUUUAUUUUAUCUGUAUCUGUGUAAUAUAACCUCUGCAUACUUACGGUACUUAUUCUCCCCUGUGGUCCUUUAAAAAACAUGAUUUUCGUAAAUGUCUGAAAGUGUAGUGUCAUCCCAGCGUUUUUUAUUUGCUUUGGCAUUUGAAGUUGUUACUGCUUUUGGACACUUUAAUUUAAAUGUCUUAGAAAUGUUUCCAAUCACAAAAAAGAGAUUUAUUGUUUUUCAUCUUAAAUAUUAGUUGAUUAAUUUACCAUGGUGCACCAGAGUAGUGCACAACCGACCCAAGUGUUAUAAAUGUAAUGUAGCAGCUAGUUUGUGCUUUAAAGUUAUAGGAAGGCUCUUUGAUAUCGCUUUGGUUAAUGAUGGCAGCCACUGCUCAACCUGUUUGUUUGCAUGCACUUCUGCUAUUUUGAUUUUUACUGCACUCUAAAAAGAAAACAAUAACUAAAAUGAAAACAUUUAGUAUGGAGCUUUUAUAGGACUAUAACUCACUUUUCUGUGCAGAUGCUGUCUUAAUUAUGAGCGCACAUUUUGAUUAAAUAAACUUUAAAGACAAACUGUGAA